AAAGCUUAAUGAUACUUACAUCAUAGACCAUAGUUCAUACGUAAACCUAAACUGUCCUAAAGUCGUAGAAAUGGUGUUUGUUUUACGAAUAUGUUAAUUCAGAAAUCUUUUUGAAAUUUGAUUUUUAGAGUAGUCACUUCAAGUGGCAAGUGCCAUUAAAUUGGGCUCGUUACGGCUACGGAAGGAAGCCCCCUACGAAGACGAAGCAGGCAACAGUCAUUUUGCCUUGCUCUGGGUUUGGCUCGCAAUCAUCCAAACUGAACUCUAGUUUUGUUCGCGAGGCAUAGGUGUUUUUUCGUUUCCGACUCCACAUUCUCCAAAAUGAGUUCGUCGACAUUUACAGCGGGAGCUGUCCCCGUGAGGAAUGAGAAAGGACAAGUUACGAUGCAGAAAGUGAAAGUAACGCGAUACGUUUCUGGCAAAAGACCUGAUUAUGCUCCCGAGUACGAAUCCAGUGACGAGGAGGAUGAAUUUCUCGUCGAAGGGGAUGCUGAAUCACGGUACAGUCGUGUGAAACCAGUAGUUGCAGAUGCAGAGUAUGACGAGAAGGACUUUCGAGAUCCACGACUGAAGCGCCUGCAGAGUCGGCUGGCGGAGGCCAGCGACGAGGAGCCCGCAAAGUCUGGCACGGACAAUCUGCCGUCUUCCUCACGGCGACGUAUUAUUGCUGAACCGGAAAUUAUUGCGGGCGCUGAUGAAGGUUAUUCCGAGCAAAUCAACCUCCAGAGAAUAAGUCUUAAGGCCGAACAAGAUUCCGAUGAAGAUGAAGAGACUAUUGAGCGGAGGCGCGCGUUGAUUCGGGAAAGGGCGCAACAGCGUAUGCAUGCCGAAGAAGCGGCUGUUAAGUUGGAAGAGGAGGAGGUCAGUGACGAAGAAUCCGAAUAUGAAACCACCGACUCCGAAGAUGAAACCAGCGCCCGUCUUAAACCCGUUUUUAUCCGAAAACACGACCGUGUGACUUUGAAAGAACGUGAAGAAGAAGAACGGGUGCGCAUUCAACAGGAAAGAGAAGCCGAGCGGCGUGCCGAUGAACGCAAAGCGGAAUCGCGUCGGAUGGUGGAAGCAGAAGUGAAAAGAGAAAUCCAGGAACAGCUGCAGAAGAAAACUAGUGCUUUGGACGACGGAAAGUUUGAAAUACCUGUUGUAAUCGAUAAUGAAGACCCGGAAGCGGAAUACGAAGCAUGGAAAGUUCGCGAGUUAACCAGAUUAAAACGGGAUAAAGAUGAACGUGACGAACGACAAAAAGUCGAAGAGGAACGGGAGCGCCUUAACGCAUUGACCGAGGAAGAACGGAACCAGCGAGCCAAGGCGGAAAGAGCAGUCAUUAAUAAAACUGAUAAAGGAAAGAUGAAAUUCCUGCAGAAGUAUUACCAUCGCGGCGUAUUUUAUUUGGACAAAGAAGAUGAAGUUUAUAAGCGGGACUUCACUGCUCCGACUUUGGAAGAUCAUCAUGAUAAGACAGUGCUACCAAAAGUGAUGCAAGUCAAAAAUUUUGGCCGAGCAGGUCGGACAAAGUAUACACAUUUGGUAGAUCAAGAUACAACACGCUUCGACGCUGCCUGGACGGAGCACAGCAAUCUAAAUUUAAAGUAUUUCGCUGGCAAAGCCGGUGGUACCAAGCAGGUGUUCGACCGGCCAUCGGCUAAGCGGAGAAAACCGAAUGUAUAGAUUUAGCUUUAGUAUACUGUAAUUCUGACAGUGAGUGUGUCAUUCCGUGCAUGUUUGGGAAUUUGGACGAAGUCUGAACUUUUACGGAAUGGGCUUUUGUAUUGCCGAUGGUUGAAUUUGUUGUGGUAAUAUCUGAUCAUUGCGAAGGGACGGCAGAGUGUUAACUGUUAAUCUGUUAUGAACUAAAAAUAAUUCUUACGCAGCUGAUUGAGAAUCAGUUCUUUU